AAUAAAUACAUUACGUCAUGGCCUCUGUUGAUCAGACAUAAUUUACAUUCAUCAAGAGACGCCACUUCUCCAAAAAGCGUAAACAAGAAUAUAAACCGCGAAAUUACUCAUAUAUUACAUCUGAUGCCAAAAAAUUGUUUCUCUAGCUCUUUCUAUUUCAGAGCUACAAAAUCCAUGAUGCUGCUAACAAGGCUGGGAUCAAGUAUUCUUCAGCUAAAACAAUCCUCUUUGCACACCGCAAGUAAUACAAAUAAGAAUUAAUUAGAGAUAAAUUGGCAGCUAAUUCCAUACAAACUAAGUGUUGUGGAUAUAAACUUAAAUAAACUAGUUAAGCAGAUCCUAUAUAAGUAAUCACCAGAGUUGGUAUGUGACCCUACCAAUAUCAUUAUUUAUUGUAUAUAUUUAUGAAUUAAACUGAAAAUCACAAUAAAAUAAUAAUU